AUGCAGGGUUACAGUCACAGUGUCCAUGACACGGUCCACACUCAUUUGGCAUAUGGAAGGCUGGCCAGUCACAGUGAGAAGGAGAAGCCUUUCUUAAGCGUCAGGACUCUGGGUUGCCUCAAUGUUGGCCUUAGCUUCCGCGACCUAGAGAUUGGCGCGGUGCUGGUGUCCGAGGAAACUGCCAGGCAGAACUAUGCAGAUCUGGUGUACAGUGUGAGUCGCUCAUCUGAAGCCUCUAGCCAGGGCAAAAGUGGAGCUGAUGCGAAAGUCCAGGAGUCUAAGGACAUUGUGGUAACAUCUGAAGAUGGAAUCACGGAGAUCACGUUCAAUCGGCCCUCCAAAAAGAAUGCCAUAACUUUCCAGAUGUAUCAGGAGAUUAUGCUUGCACUUAAAAAUGCUAGCAGGGAUAACUCAACAAUAACUGUUUUCACAGGAGCUGGUGACUAUUACUGUAGUGGGAAUGACCUAAAUAACUUGAUUAAUGCUACUGGUGAAAUCCAGGAGUUAGCUAUAAAGUGUGCUAUGGCACUGAGGGCACUUGUAAGCGGUUUUAUAGACUUUCCCAAACCUCUGGUAGCAGUAGUAAAUGGCCCAGCUAUAGGACCCGCCGUCACCCUUCUGGGACUAUUUGAUGCUGUCUACGCAUCUGACAAGGCAGCUGAGAUGCUUCUCUUUGGGAAGAAGCUCACAGCAAAAGAAGCCUGUGCUCAAGGCUUCGUCACUGAAGUUUUUCCUGACAGCACUUUUGAGAAAAAAAUCUGGACCAGGCUGAAAGCAUAUGCGAAGCUCUCACCAAAUAGCAUGAAAAUUUCCAAAGAGUUAAUGAGAAAAAAUGAGAAGCAAAAGCUACACGCUGUUAACGCUGAAGAGAGCACUAUCAUCCAAGAAAGGCUGACAUCAGAAGAACGCUCGAACGCACUCUUGAAGUUUGUAUCCAGGAAAGUAAAACUGUGAAGUCCACCGCAGCAGCUAGACCUCUCAGAGGAAGGGUGUGCCGUGAGCUCUCGUUUUGGGAACUUGAACAACACGGAU